CUUAUAUGCAACUUAAAAGAGCGGUUCCAGUAUUUAUGGUCGAUGUAGCCACAUAAGUACUUCCGGUCAUCAUGGUGGUGUUUUGACACGGGAAGUUUCAGCAUUGUCUUGAUUGACAGCUGUUAUACAGACACGAGGCAGGCGAACAAAGUGUUGUAUUGGCUUUAGGAAGCCGCAGUGGAUCAUGUCGUCCAGGCCCCACCGAGGCAAAUAUGUCAGUUGGAACGUGGACCAGUCACUUCCUGCAGUCGCCAGACCAGGCCCUUGUCCAAACAAAGAAGUUCCGCCCCUGGUCCGCGUGUCAGCACUCCAUGGAGAAAUAUCUGACGAGGAAGAUUUUGAAACUCAGUCUCCAGACCGUUGUGGUCAUCGCAGCAGCAGCCCGGUCAUAUCCAGAUCCGAAAGUCCUGGCCUGAGAUUGGAGGGCUGGUUGCGCCAUCCUGUUGGGGGAAAGUUGCGAUGGGCUGGAAAGAAGCACAGGGGCCGAGGCACUGGAACGUCUAUUGCUUAUUGGGAACUGGAAAAGGAAAAUGCUCACAUGCUGAUGGUGGACUUGGUGCUGGAGAUGCUGGAAGUCAUCCAGUGGACGGAAACAGAGAGGAUGUCCUUUCAGCCUGUACGUCAACAGCUAAAUGAGACAGAGGACCAUCAGUUGGACCAGCAGACAGAAAUCGACUCGGAGCUCACUCGACUGGAAGCUCGUCCAUGUGGUGUUCCCUCAUGUUCCUUUUCUCCUCUCUGCGAUGCUGAGCGUCUCGCCCGACAGCUGCUCCUGGACUUCGAGAGGCGCUGCUUUCCCUCCUGAAUAGUUUGCACUGCCAACGUGACUGGGCUGAGGUCAGGUUCUCAACGGGUUGGACUCAAUUAACUGCCUGACUCCAACCCACAUUCCCCAUGAUACCAUCCUCUGAACUGGGCGCGGUUUGCCCUGCAACCCCGAGUUUCUCCACCAGGUAACAGCAAAACCCAACAUUUAGCUCUGAAAGAUUCUGUUCAAGCUUUCCCACCCAUGUUACUAAAUGUAAAUGAGUGCAAUGCUCAGCAUGAGAAAAAACAAAAACAAGCACAUUUCUCAACGUAUAAAAUCCAUACGUGCCUCUUCCUGUGACCUUAGAACAACACACACGUUCCUUGUUUUCUUGUUCUAGCUUCAGAAGUAUUCGAGCACAGUAUUUAUACUGAAUGUUCCCAUUUCAUGGUCUUAAAUGAAAAAAAAUCACAUUUAAUGUAGGGCACAUUUACACCAUAUUUGAUGUUCUUUGCAUAUCUAAGGCAACAUGAAUUGUAUUAAAUGGCUUGUGCAAUGUGUGCAUGUUUAACAUACUGAAAUAUAACAUUGAUACAAAAUGUAAGGUUUUUACAGUUUUUUUCUCUGCACCAAAUAUCCAAUUUUAUGGUCUGUGCCCUUUAACCCUUUAACAGUCAACAUGUCGGAGGCGACAAAAUUACACAUAUCAUCUUUGAAGCCUCGCCCCACUGUAAUUAUGUCACCCAUAUACCGCUGGUGGGCUUAUUUGAAAUUGCUGAGGUCCACGCCCGUUUUUAAUUGAAGUCAAUCGACCAAGUAAAACCAGAGAUAAUGUUUUUUAGUUUUAUAGUUUUAUUGCCCUCAUAAAUAAGGAUUGAAACGCUGCAUGGACCAUGUGUUUAUGACCAUAUUUCACUCAUUCCCUGUCCUUUUUCAAAACCGAAAGCACCACAAACGACUACAUAUCCCAGGAGCCAUUCUGAGGUCACGACAGACGGAUGUAAUGAGAACAUUUUUAAUAAACUGCCGAGCGAGGCGCCACCUAAGAGAGGGAGACGAGGUAGCGAGCGACGGCCGGUUGGAUUGAGCGAGCAACUUUGAAACGUGCAGAAUGAAUCGAAAACUAAAUUUAGCACAAGCUAAUCCAGUAUUUCAUCAACACAAGGAAGAGGAUGAGCCAAAUUUAUUGUUGCUUUCUUCGGAUGAGUCGGUGAGUUGGGAAGAGUGACAGCGCAAACGGCGCAAGACUGGGCUGUGUGACGGAGUUGAUUGUCAAUAUUUUUGAAACGUUUUUUAUAAAUGUUAUAUUUCACUUUUUUUCCAUAAAUGUUAUAUUUCACUUUUUUUUCACUAUCUUUUCAAUUUGCAUGUAAAUGUGUGUGUUCGAGAAGUUUGAUUGCAUACUAUAUAUACUUUUGAUAAGGUGAUGGGUACAAUACCUAACCUCACAGAGAUAUCCUCCAAACCCUUUUUGUGUUAGAUGACAUAUAUGGCGGAAAACACUCAGGUAAAUUGAAGUACCGCUCUGAGACCCCCAAUUUGGCCAAAUUUCAAAAUUGUCCGAUUUGCAUGUGUGAUACAUCAAUGGAAUGGCUAUAAUCUCAAUUUUCUGGGGGAAGAAAAAUUUUGAACAGGAGGGCUUUUUUUUUUUAAAUCGUUAUAAAAACAGCCAAACCCUAUCUGGAGGUGAGAACACGCAAGAGCCGAAUUACAGACGCCAUGACUUAAACGAGAUAUUAUCGCGUACUUACCUUGUUUUGAUCCAAAAACUCCAUGUAACAUGUAUCACUGAGUGUCAAGACACAGCUGUGAAUGGCUAUAGCUGGAUUUUAUGGGGAUUUUAUUGGUAAAACAUGGUAAUAUAACAAGGGUUGCGAUGCAGAAAUCGCAGACAUCAAGGAGUGGUCGAGAUUUUCUUUUUCAUAUAUUUACCCUCUUGAACUUUUUUUUUUUUUUCAAUUUUUCUUUUUUUUUUUUUUUUUGACCGAUUAUUCAUCAUCUAAAUUAUCGGAGAAAAUGCGACGGUAACAAAAAAAAUACAAUUAAGCGAUAGUUAUGAGGUACAUAUCCGUGACU